CCAAAAAGAAAUAGUGUGCAGCUUGGCCACCAUCAUCAAUAACCUCAAUAGUCAAUACGCAGAUCUAGAUCGAAAAAGAAAAAGUGAGAGACACUGGGAGAGCUGAGCUGAGCUUCAUUCUUCAAUUACUUUCCCUCAUCUCAAUGGCCUCGAAAACUUCCACCAGUAGUGUUCGUCAGGGUGCUUCUUCUGCAAUGCCCCAACAAGUGUUCAUGGUGGGUAACAACAAUGCAUUGGAAGAAAUUAAGGACAAGCUCACCAACUCCUCAAAAAAAAGAGAUGUCAUCUCCAUCACAGGAAUGGGAGGUAUUGGGAAGACAACUUUAGCAAAAAAAGUAUAUGAAGAUGAAUGCAUCAAGUCUCAUUUUGACAUUCGAGCAUGGAUUACUGUAUCUCAAUCUUAUUCCUUGGAUGAUUUGCUCCGAGUGCUCCUCCAAUCACUUGACGCUUCUUCUCUAAUAGAAGGACAAUCUGCAGGAACCUUCGAACUCAAGGAUAAAGUCCGUAAGUUGUUGCUGGGCAAGAGGUAUCUAAUUGCAAUAGAUGACAUAUGGAGUACACAAGUUUGGGAUGAUUUGAAGAUAUGCUUUGAAGACAAGAGAAAUGGGAGUCGAGUAUUGUUAACAACUCGACUCACAUAUGUGGCUACUCAUGCUAGUUCUGGUGGACUACCAUUUAGCAUGCCUACCCUAAGCAAAGAAGAAAGUUGGGAUCUCUUUUGCAAAAAAGUAUUUGCAAAAGAAUCUUGUCCUCCUAUUCAAUUUGAGAAAAUUGGAAGAGAUAUUGUGUUGAAAUGCAAAGGAUUACCACUCUCAAUUAUGGUGAUUGCUGGGAUUGUAUCCAAGGCUGAAAUGAAGGUGGAGGAUUGGGAAAAUGUUGCCAGAGAUGUAGCAUUAUCAUCAACUUUAUAUGAGGAGCAAAAUUGUGAGGAAAUACUUUUAUUGAGUUACAACCACAUGCCUGAAAGUUUGAAGACUUGCUUCUUAUAUUUAGGAGUAUUUCCAGAAGAUUAUGAGAUUCCAGUUAGAAGAUUAGUUGGAUAUUGGGUCGCUCAGGAAUUUGUAGAAGAUGAGGCUUUGGUGGCAAACAAGAAAGAAGAAGUGGCAUGGCAAAAGUUGCAAGAUCUUAUUGAUAGAAAUUUAAUUUUGGUGGAAAAAAGGGGAUGGGGCGGAAAAAUAAAGACGUGUAAGAUCCAUGAUCUUACGCGUGAGAUGUGCUUGAAACUAGCUAAAGGCAAAAAUAUAUUACAUGUCAUUGAUGACAAGUUUCAAAUUGGACAGUCCUCCAAAGGAAUAAGUCAAGAAAAUGGCAAUUUUUGGGUAAGCCUACAAUCAAUUUCUAAUAUUAGUCGUUUAGGUUUUGACCAUAGGACAUUCCAGAAAUGCCAUUCCUUUCUUGCUAUGUUUCCAUCUAAAUAUACACUCGGAUCGCGUGAAGGAAGUCCGAUCCUUACCAAUUACUUGUCCACAGCAACAUCAAUUCAAGUACUUGACCUCCUUCAACUUUAUUUUCCCUAUUUGCCUUCAUCUCUUUGGAUAAAUAACUUAUGUCAGUUGAGGUAUCUAGCUUUGCACAUUGGUGCAUUUUCUGGUUCCCUCUCAAUUUUAAGCAGCUUAAAAAAUCUACAAACGUUGAUUCUGCAUAGUGCAAGACCUUAUGAAGUAGUAUACUUAACCCUUCCAAAGAUACCACAAUUAAGGCAACUUCGCAUUUUGAAUAACUCUUCAUUUCAUUUUAAAGAUGAAGAAGAAGAGAAUUUGAUAUUGGAGAAUCUGACAACACUUUUGUGGUUAAGUGACUUUUGUUGCAAAAAUGAAGCAUUGAUGGUGAGGAUUCCAAAUGUAAAGAAAUUGGGGGUAAGAUAUGAAGUGCUCAAGUACAGAGACAGUAAGCAUUCUAUUGACUUGCUCCAUACUUUAAGCCAUUUGGAACAACUCGAAGACAUCCGGUUCUAUGGAUAUUAUUCGUUAAAGUAUAGUGGGUUAGUUUCUAUUCCAAAACCAUAUGAUUUUCCGCCGAAGCUCAAGAAGUUGAAAUUUUUGAACACUUGGAUGAAAUUGGGGAUCACCAUGACCAUCCUUGGAAGGCUACCUAACCUCGAAGUUCUCCAACUAAAACGGCAUGCCUUUGAUGAUUCAGAGACGGAGUGGGAACAAGUUGAAGAGGGGUUUCCAAAAUUGAAAGUGUUAGUCUUCGAAGAUCAAAGUCUUCGUAGAUGGAAAGACAGCGAUUUCACUUUCCCAAGCCUUGAGUGCCUGGUGUUAAACAAUAUCAACUUGGAAUCACUCCCAUAUGAGUGCCUUUCUGGAUGUCCAUGCCUUAAGCUAAUUCACUUGGAAGGGAGUUGUAGUGAUGGUGUUUUAGAGUCUGCAAAGAAAAUUCAAAAUGAUGGAGAUGGCCAGCUCGAGGUCCGCGAAGAGCUCGUUUACCCCACAACACAAUAUUGGAUUAGGCCCAUUAAAAAAGACUAAUACUAUUAAGAGUCGAACUUAUAAUAUUGUGAUGAUUGCCAACUCAACAAUUUGACCAAAUUAACUGAGAUUGAAGAGAAUGGAAACAACAAGCUAAGCAAUGCUGCAAUGACAUGUUCUUCUACCACUUUGAAGGUAACUUUGAUGACUCACCAGCAAAUCAACUGAAGCAAUCACCCAUACAUACCUCUUAGCUCCCCUGCCACCUACUCUCCCUAAACAAACCCUAAGCUCUGUCAAUUUUGUUGUGAUUUAAGGUUAGAAAAUUUACUUCAUUGUUUUGGUUUUGCAUUGCAAGUUAUUUUUCCUUUUUCUUAGCAAAUUGUGGUUUGAUUUUGAGUUGAGAAAUUGUUCCCUUGAAAGGUGGGAGUGCUUCGGAAUAAGAAAAGGACCGGCUUAGUUUUAUUUUGAUGAUUGUUGCUUUUAUGCAAGUUUAAUUUUAUGUGGUGGUUUUGUAUGGAUUAUUGAGUAUCAAAUCACAAUGUGUAGUUGUGGGAA